CUGGCCUUAGCCGUUGCAAAGUUUUACUGGGUUGGCUCUCUGCAACAGUCAUGGCUGACGCACCAAAUGCUCAAUCCCAAUGGGAAUUCGGCUGUGACCUUGAAGUGGAUUUUGGGUCUGAAGAGAAUGCUUCCAUAGUACAUGCCGCCUUAUCUGUUGAUAAGGAGUUGCAACCAGACAAGGUAAAGCGACUUAUGACAGUUUCUAAAGGAAAGCUUUCAGUGCACUUUGAGGCAACAGAAGCCAGAUUUCUUCGGGCAUCAUUCAGUGCUUUUGUAGAUGUGCUUACCCUAGCCACAAAAACAAUUGAAGAGUUUGGUCAAGGAAUGGAGUUGUGAUAUGUGCUUGACACUUGUUAGGCUCUUCAAAUGUUCUGUAAUAUUGUAACUCCAACUACUGUUACAUAUCUGCCUUCCCUAAAAAAUUUUUAUAGUUCAUCUGUACUUGUUAAUCCCAUUAUUAUAUUGGAUUUUUUUGAGAUUAGCAAACAGUGACACUGAUAGGACUUUAGAUACUGUUAGCAGGGCAUUGGUUAAUCUUGUUUUGUAAUUUUAUUUGUACUCUUGUUUUUAUUUUCUUAAA